GAGAGUAGAGAAUAUCAUCUGGUGUAGCUAGCUAGGAGAAAAAAUGGGUGUCUCUAAUUAUGUUGCGCUGGUGGUUGUUCUUCUAGUUGCAGCUGCCAUGUUCACCGUGCAGCUAGGUCUGGUCACAGCAGCAGCAGCAGUUGCAGAUGAUAAGAAUGUUAUUAUAAUUAAUAGGGAACUGAGAGAACGGCGACCACCUCCAUUUCGUCCAAAAUCACCACUUGCAAACCAACAACCAGGCAUGAGACUUCCUGCUCCCGAUCCUCCACCUCCUCCUCCUCCUCCCCCGCCCUCGCUUCCAAACAACUUCAACAAUAACCGUGUCUGAUGAUGACAAUAACUCAUCACCUAACAUGUUGCUGCUACUUCGUCCAAAACAACAAACAUGUUGCUGCUAUGCUAUAUGCUAUUUUCACUACAUGUUCUUUUCUUUUCUUUUAUAUCUAGCAAAUGGUGUUUUCUUGUUUUUUUCCUUCUGUAAUUUGCCCAUAAAUGGAUAAGAUUAUUGC